UACUUCCUGCACACUCUGGCACCUUGAUAAACUCGUACUCUUACAUAUAAACCGUCUCACGGCUACCGUUCACGCCUACCCCAGAGAUUCUUAACUCUAGAGCAGCAAAACCAACUUCCGCAGUUCCCGACAGACAGCUCUGCAGAUUUCACCAACGUACACUUCUACCGUCCCCCUUCGACCCGACCGCAAACCAAACUACGUAGACACAAUGGCCGACGCCGUCGCUGAGCACAAGUACCAAUUCAACGUGAGCAUGUCGUGCGGCGGCUGCUCGGGCGCAGUCGAGCGCGUGCUGAAGAAGCUGGAGGGCGUCAAGAGCUACAACGUCUCGCUCGAAACCCAGACGGCGACCGUCAUCGCCGACGAGUCGCUGCCCUACGACAGGGUGCUGCGCACGAUCGCCAAGACGGGCAAGAAGGUCAACAGCGGCGAGGCGGAUGGCGUUGCGCAGUCUGUUGACGUGCCGGCUGAAUGAAGAAAAAUAGAUGGAUCAUGUCAUGCGCGCGCGGGGGCGGAUGGUAGAGCCGGAGUCUCUACGCAAGGGGGGCGGUUGUUAAGGGGGGGUUUUUCUCUUU